GCCGCUGCAGCUCAGAGUACUGCUCAACACUGAGGAGUCUCACUCUGCCUCUCUCUGCUCUGGAUGUGAAGGAGACUAUACGCAGCACACUAUCUGAAAGUUUCUCUGCCUUCUCUGGGUGGCUGAAAUCCGAGGAAGUGAUUCCCUAUAGGACGAGACUCCUCUCUCUCAGGAACAAUUUCAUCUUCUCGCAUCACCUACCACAUCAUGGCUGUAGUUCUCCACUCCAGCCCCAUCUUUUGGACACGGCUGGCCGCCGUGAUAUUCUCCUGCGUGGCCUUCUCCGUGGCCGUGCAUGGCGGCCAUCUCUCCCACGGCACCGGGGACUGGUGCAUCUUCUGCUGGGCCUUCGGUUUCGCCGGGACCCUCCUCGUCAUCCUGGUGGAGCUCUUCGGCCUGCAGACCAGAGCCCCUGUGUCCUGGAAGAACUUCCCCAUCACCUUCGCCUGCUACGCCGCCCUGUUCUGCCUGUCCGCCUCCAUCCUCUUCCCUCUCUAUUAUCUCAAGGGCUCCAUUGGCCAAAGCCAAAUCCGCGACUACCGCAUCGUGUCGACCGUCUUCUCCUGCCUGGCCACCAUCGCCUACAUCAGCGAGGUGAGCAUGAGCAAGGCGCGUCCGGGAGAAGUUGCUGGCUACAUGGCGACCGCUCCAGGCCUCCUGAAAGUCUGCGAGACCUUUGUGGCCUGCAUCAUCUUCGUCUUCGUCAGCGACCCCGUGACUUACGACCGUCACGACGCACUCAAGUACUGCAUGUCGGUCUACUGCAUCUGCUUCAUCCUGUCGGCGAUCAUCAUCCUGCUCUGCAUUGGCGAGUGCACCGGCUGCCUUCCCUUCCCCUUCGCACGCUUCCUGUCCUCCUACGCCCUGCUGGCUGUGGUCCUCUAUCUGUCGGCGACUAUCAUCUGGCCCAUCUUCAACUUCGACCCCAAUAAUGGAGGGACGAAACAUAGGCCCAGCACCUGCAGCAACGCACAGGGUUUGUGUGUGUGGGAUAAGAACAUGGCGGUGGCUGUGCUCACGGGCGUCAACUUCGUCCUUUACCUGGUCGACCUGAUCUACUCUUCCCGCCUGGUGUUUGUGAAUGCUUGAAGGGAAGUGAAAGGGUUUUAAGCUGGCAGUAUGCACCAAAUAAAAUUGAAUAUGGCAGGUUUUCAAAGGCCAAAUGUCAAAUACAGUGCUGCAAGCAUGUGCAAGUGUAAUCACUGCGACUCUGAUCUGUUUGUAUAAUGGCAUCCGAUUCUCACACUAGAUGCAGAAGAGUGUAGAGUUAUACCAUAACUGGUGUAGUUUUUUGCAGAAUUGCAGUCUGGUUUGACAUUAUUUGGUGAUGGAAUUUAAAAUAAAAGGAUUUUAUUUCACUAUAUUUCUGGAGAAGUUGAAGUUGCCCAAAGCACCUGUGUAAUGUUAGACCCAGGAUGUAGAGAUAAUGUGAAAGUGACAUUUCUUUUUUAGAGAUAUCAAAAAUAUACCUAGGCAAUCAAACCAGAUCUUGUGUUAUUUUUACCAAGACUUUGCCUGUACAAACCUGCCACAUUUAAUUUUGAGUGAAGUAUACUGCUUAGGACCAUAGAGAGAAAGAGAAAAGAGGAAUUCAAUGGCUAUGUUUACAAAUACAACAAUAUUCCCUUAUCAUAAAAUACCAAGGCUUUCUGCUCAUACAUGUCAAACCUUGCUUGACUCUCUAUUUUGAGAGACCUGAAUGUAAUUGCUGGAUCUUUUUCAUCCAUUUGAAUUGCAAGUAAUUGCCCAAUACAGUAUUUCAUGUAUAGAUGUUCUGGAGUAAGCUAAAAAAAAUAAUCUCACAGACAAGAAUGUUAAAAAUAAUACAUGCUACUGUAACGGCCAAAUACUGUGCAUGUCAACAUAGUCUGUGAUGACAAAUGAAGAAAUACCAAAGAAAUUGGCGGCUUAUUAUUAUUAUUAUUUUUUUUUUAAUGCCUUUUAAACGUCUGGUGGAUCAAAAUAUCUAAUCAUCUAUAAACACCCAACUCACACCACUUAAUUCAUAUAUGUAUAUGUCAAUUGGGUCUAUUGGUUUUGUACUGCUGUAAUAAAUACUCAGAGAAAGUUACUAAAAUGGAUGCUUCUCUCUCUCUAGAAGUGGUUAGUGUUAUAUUCUUAGCUUUUUUAUAUUCUACUGUUCGUGUUUCAAUUGUGCAUACCACAUCAGUGUUGUAGGAGAACAUAAUCUAUUGUUUCAAUAAACCACAUGUUAAACAGA